AGAUGUAAAUUAUUUUAGUCCGAGCAAGUGAUAAUAAAUAUUGCAAACAAAAGGGAAAAGGGAACAUAUGUUUGUUUCUCUUUAGUUGAAAACCCUUCCUUUUGAGAUAGUGCUGUUGAGGGCUUGUUUUUUUUGUAUUGUAUUCUUUCAUUUUUUUCUCAAUGAAAGUUCUUGUUUUUAUCUAAAACCACCGUCUUUGUUCAUAGCAUUAGUUGAUAUACCAUGAAAAUGAAGCCAAAGUCUAUGUACUUCCUUUUUUUCCCUUCUCUCUUCCAAAUUAGUAAAAGACAUUUUAGAGAGAGUUAAAAAGUGUAUAUUGAUGGAACAUAUGUUUGUUUCUCUUUGAACUAUGACUUGUGCUUGUUUCUUCAUUAAUUGCGGAAUAUUAUACACCAUACAUUUUUUUAGAAAAACUGAUUGAGAAAACAAAUUUUGAUGACACGAAACGUGUCACAGUAUCAACCAUAUCAGCUGUUUGAAACGCUCAGGGCUGAGGAUGAAGCAUUCAGUUUCAUGGUACAACAACUAAUGCUAUGAAGGAGGAUUGUGAUAAUGGCUGGAAUUGGAGGAGACACUGACAGAGAAAGCUGACAUCAUCAACUUCUUGUUUUGUGGAUGAAAAUGAAGAGAAAAAAAGUAAUGAUUGUUGUCUCUAGUUUUGUUUGUGGUCAUCUUCUUACAGUGUCAUCGGAUAGGACAACCAACUAACUCCAUUAAUGAGAUAAUUACUUCAUUAACUUAACAGAAAUUCCUUUUGUCUAGAACUCUGUAAUGUAACGUUUAAUGUUCUUUUACUUUUUGGAUAAAGAAUGACCUUUUUGGUAUGAAAAAGGUCCUAUUUAAGGAGAUGUUUACUACUCUUCUGACCACAGCAGAAAAAAGAAAGAGAAAAGAGAAACACUUUCUGUCAUUCUUUUGAAGCCUUUAAAGCAAAUUAGAAUUGGGUUUGCAACCAUUGAUCCUGUUGAGAUGACAGAAGAAAGGAGAAAUCUCGAUAGAGAAAUUCCCACAUGUGGAUCGGUGAUUGGUGGGAAGCAUAACAAGUGUGUCAUUUUUCCAGUCAAAUCAAGCAUGAUUGCUGAGUCCAUGGAAAGAAGUAACAAAAACUGGAUUGUUCAGACAAAACCAGUAUAUGAGAGCGACUUAAUUGUUCAGGUUGGGGAAUUUUGCUUUCACCUGCACAAGCUCCCAAUGGUUGCAAGAAGCAAAUAUCUGAAUAGAAUGAUAAUCCAAAACAGCAGCCAUGAAGUGCAAAAUAACAACAGUGUCAGCACAAUACAACUGAACAAUCUUCCAGGGGGACCUAUGGCUUUUGAGUUGGUGAUGAAGUUUUGCUAUGGGUGGAAGGUUGAUUUAACUGCCAAAAAUGUUGCUCCUCUUUACUGUGCAACACAUUUUCUUGAAAUGACUGAUGAUCUUGCACAAGGGAAUCUCACUUCCAAAGCAGAAGCCUUCUUGAGCUUUGUAAUAUCUUCAUCAUGGAAAGAUACAUUCAAAGUUCUCAAAAGUUGUGAGUCCAUUUCUCGAUGUGCCAAUCAGCUCCACAUCCCAAAACGCUGUUCUGAAGCAAUCGCCCGGAAGGCUUGUAUGAACCCGGAAUCCUUCUGUAAUAGUGAUUAUAAUGUUGAUAAUGUAAGGCUCGAAGUCGUUGCUGACAACUGGUGGUUUAAGGAUGUUUUGAUUCUUCGUAUUGAUCAUUUCAUUGAGGUGAUUGAAUCAGGAAAACAAAGAGGAAUGAAGUUUGAGGUUGCAGAAUCGUGUAUAGCACACUGGACAAUGAGAUGGUUUGCUCGGUUAAUGAGUGAAUUUGAGAAUUUGAUGCUGAACAAUUCUACUGACAAAUUGAAAGCAAUGGCAAUUGAAAGUUUAAUUCGGUUACUUCCUGAAGAGGAAAAUUCGGUUACCUCUACUUUUCUGCUUCAUAUUUUGAAGUUGGGAUCUGUAAUGAAGAUUGACUCCCAAUUGUUAACUAGGAUUGAAAGUAGAUUGGCCAUGAUGUUAGAAAAAUGUCAUGCUUCAGAUUUACUUGUCAAAAACUACGGAGACGAUGAUGGUGUUUACGACGUUGCCAUUGUUACUCGGAUCGUAAAAUUCUAUGCUUCUCACAUAUCAGAUAAUGCUCAAUCAAAUUUAUCUGAUGUUGGGAGAUUGGUGGAUGCUUAUCUUAUGCUUGUUGCACAAGAUCAGAACCUCAAAGCAGAUGGUUUCCUAGUCCUCGCGGAAGCAUUGCCACAAGAUGCUCGGGUUUGUUGUAACAAUUUGUAUAGAGCAAUUGAUAUGUACCUGAAGGCACAUCCUGAGUUAACAGAAGAAGAAAGGACAUGCCUAUGUAGAUCCUUGAAAUACCAUAAACUAUCCCAAGCAGCAAGGGAGCACAUAACGAAGAACAAUAGGCUACCGCUGAAAUACGUAACGAGUUUCAUUCUUUUGGAACAAGUGAGCAUGACAAAGCCUAGAACACCAUUUGGAUUGGUUGACCAACAAAUGAGAAACCGGGUUGUGGUGGGUGAAAGUAAAUGUCCAGGAACAAGUUGGACGAUGAAUUCACAAAACGAGAUAAAUAUGAUGAAAAGGGAGGUUGCAACAAUGAAAGGGCAGCUUAAUGACAUUCAGAUGUGCAAGACAAAGCUUCAAGGGCAAGUAAAGAAAGGUUUCAAUUACAAGAAAAAUCUUGCCAGCGUACGGAAAAUUGUCUGUUUCGGGUUCAACAAUUCUAAGUUUAGAAGCUUUGAUUUUGCUCCAUUGUCGGCUUGAACAGAAAAGCAAAAUUUCUUAAAGAAAAUCUUCUUUUUAUUGCAUCUUGUCGUACAUACGAUCAUGUCAAGCCAAGACAGGAUCUUUCUUGUAUAUUGCAGCUCUUACCUUAUCUUCCACAUCAUAAAUUUCUUUGCUUGCAUUCAAAUACAUCGCAUUGCCAGCUGUUAAUGAAGAGAACCCAACAAGAGAAUUGUCGUUACAACAAGGCUGACUCAUUGUUCUAUAACUUGAAACUUACAGCUUAAGCAUUGAAGGAAAACUCUGUCAUUCAUAACUGGCAAGAAACACCAGAUUUGGACAUUUAUCUUUAAUCUAAUUCUAUAUAGGCUGAUCAAGAGAGAGGUUCGGUUGGUACAAAAAACAGAUACGGUAACCCCUAUCUUGAGCAUUUUCUGUUACUUCCAUAACUUUUGAACAGAUUGUUGGAUCAUAGGAAAAAUUUGAAUCUGAGUUUUCCCUUUCUUCUUACUUGAAAGAAGCUUUUAUAUCAUAGCAGAAGUAGGGAAGUUUCCAAAUGAACAAGUUCCGACUUCAAAUGAAAGGCAUAACGAUCUGCAUGAUGUAUCGGGAGAGACUUGGAGGGUAAGAAAUGCAGGGCAAAAGGUUGGAUGAUCCAACAUGUUGGAGGAGCAAUAUGAAGGAUAAAGAAGAGCUUGCUAGUACUAUUUAUGGAGGAAGUAACUAUUGGCCAUAUCGAAUGAAGUUGACAACCGAUCAGUUACGUUGGGAUAGCCUCAAGAUUUCGGAACCAAAGGAAUUCGAGGAACUGCUUUCAAAGAACAUGAAUGAAGGAAGCUAUAGAGAUUUGGCUGAGAUGAUACCCAUUGAAGUAUCAAUCUAUGAUGUUGAUAUCUGUGAAACUUUCAAGGUGAAGUUGGUGAAGAAAGAGGCAUUUUGGUUUGAACCAUUGCCUCUAGUUGGUGAGAAGUCAAAGAAGGAUAAGUUGUGUUCUCAUGCCACUGCAAAAUCGAGUGGCAAGUCCCACAAGGAAAAGAAAGAGUUUGUUUAUUCGAUCGAGCCUUUUCGCCACAUUAUAAAGAAGCGGGGCUUAGAUUAUCAACAAGAGAUUGGUUUUCGUUGGUCGGGUAGCAAAUCGAUGGAUCGUUUUGACUUUUCAGUUUUAUCUUCUCCAAGGUUGAGCUUAAACAACUUGAUGAUCUAACAACUUGAUUGCAUGAAUGUGAUGAUUUUGUUUCAUCUCCUUGUUUCAACAACAUUUAAUGAAUAACUAUUAGAAUUU